CGUUUCUAAAGCUGCCAGUUUACGUACAGGUCUCAAACUAGUAACGCGCGUAACGUGAUUUGUGCAUAUGCCGUAUAAACAGAAACAUACGAAAUCCAAUUUUUUUACACGGUGAAUACUUCGUCAAACGAAUAAUAAGUGCCUCAAGGAUACUGGCUUGCAGGCCAAAAACUUGACAAAUAGCGAGGGGUAGUGGUACAUACUUAAAUUAUCUUUAUGUAAUGUGCCUCAAAAAGUAGAUAACUGAUUUAUUCUUUACGCUUUGCACUGCUUUUAUACACAAUAGACAGACAGAAAGACACAAACAAUUGAAGCUUCCGCUUAAAGUAAAUCUAAAGCAUGCCGCUCGGUUAUUACCCGGGCGUCCAGCCCUCCUACAAUUCGGGGGUCAACUAUUUAUCAGGGCCGUACGCUAACCAUUCCUCGUUGAUCGCCUCGAAUUUUCGUCCGCCUUCGUUAUCAAAACCUCUACCCAGACUGCGCGGCUUCAGCCCGCACCUAGCGACAAUCAGCGAAACGCAAAUGAUGGCGAGACCUUUAAGUCGAAUCAGCUCCCCGAAGCUAGUGCUGCACUCAUCACCGAAAUACAAAAUGUCAAGGCCCAUCCAAAUAAAUACUGCUGACAUUGAUGUGUCAGUCAACAAGUACAGGAAGUUCGAUAGAGUCAAUCGUACGAAGCCGACUACAGGAACCGCUGCAACUAUUACUACUACUACUACUACUGCUAAUACUGCAGCUACCAGUGACGUGAAACCGACUCCCCAGACCAUCAGUUCCGUAAAAAGUUCCAAUAUUAGCGAGAAAGAAGAGGAUUUUGCGAAAAGGACGCCGAUAAAAAGAAAUAGGACAGUGGUCCGGUUACACACCAUCCACGACGACGAGAAAGUUAAAGAGGACAGUGGAGGGGAUGAAAGAAGUUGGAGGGACAAUUUCGAGCCGAACGAGUUGAAAUCAGAAGAGAAGAGGACCAAGAAGAGUGCAGUUGAGAAACUAUUGGAAAAGCAUCUCAUUAAAGAAUCUGACAACAGUAAAUCGUCUUCAGCUUCGAAAGCCCAAAAAGAAGAAGAAGAAGAUAGUGAAAGAAGUGCCGAAACAAGUGAAGAGUCUGAAUUUGUUCCAAAAACAUUCAAUGAGAUUUGCAAAAGCAUUUCAUCCGAUACAAUAGAUGAAGACUUAAAUCCUGGACAACCGCCUGAAAUAAAAAGGAAACAAAGUAGACAAAUUUCAGUUGAAGAUACAUUGAAGAAGAUCAAACGUUAUUCCAACGAAGUAUCUCAAGAGAACCUAGCCGCAUUAGACGCACUCUUGGCCGCAGAAAAUUUGAGUGACUCGUCCACAUUUGCAGUACCAUCACAAGCGUCUUUUGAACGAACACUUAGUGUUGAAGAAAAACUAGCAACAAUCGAAGAACCUUCAUCAACAGAUUCAUCUGCAUCGCAGUCACUAGUAACAGCCCAAACCCAAUUGACUGCGUUAGAAGAAAAACCACAAACAGGCGCACCAUUGUCAGAUAAAUCAAGUUCAGACAGUAAAUCCGAGAAAAGUUCAUUGGAACAAGACAAAUCAUUCACAGAGGAGAAAUCUUCAACGGAUAGCAAGUCGUCCAAGGUAAAGAAGAAACGAAAAAUCGUACGAAAGAAAACCAACGAAACAUUAGUGGACGAAAAUUCCAACGAAAUAAUUAUUAAUAAGAGACUUAAUGGUGGUGUAGUACGCAGUUCGUCAGUGGACAGUACACUAAGCGACGUUUCGACCUUGGUUGACGCCGAAAAUUUCCAAGACGAUAUAAGGGAUAUAACACUGGUUGAAAUCGAAGAGAAGAAAAUAAACCUAAAGCCAAUAAUAACCGGUUCAGCGCAUAUAGAAGAAACUAAACCAAACCUGAAGAUGGUCGUAAAUAACGUAGAAGUUGAGCAAAAGCAUCUCCCAAGAAAACCGAAUCAAAAAAAAUUGAGAAUAAACUUCACAGUGUCCGAAAUUGAAAAUAAACGAAAAAGCGUAAAAAGCACCAGUCCAAAUGAUGUGCCGAAAACACCGACGGAAGAUACUAAACAAGUAGCCGAAAAGAAAGAUAAGAAUAUUAAUAAGAGUAGAUUAACUGAAAGUAAAACUGGAAUCUUCCAGAUGCCGAAAGCCAAAGAACCUGUAGUGUCUAAUAUACUACGUAAACAACACAGUUCGCACAUGGUUAAUAUGUUGGAAGGUAUCCAAGAGAACGUUCAAAGUAAAUUAGACGAGAAGAAACAGAAAAUUGUUAAGAAAUCGGCAGCAAAAUCAGCUGCCGAAACUGUAAUUAACGACGAAACAACAAAGAAAGAUAAACCAGCAAGCAUAAGAUUAUCGAAAUCCGAAGGUUCUAUCCAAAAGAAGCAGGCAAACAAUAAAGACGAAAAUGAAAACGAAAUUAACUUUUGGGAUCAACUAGGAACUAGGGAAAGUGUUUAUUACCAAAAUAGAAAGCAGUAUAUUCUUGAAGAUCUAGCUCAGAAACGGGAACCGUUUAAAGCUGCGCCACAAGACACCAGAGCAGAAGAAGCACAACCGGAAGAUGAAAACACAGAAGGGGACUCACAAAGUUCAGAAAAUCAAUCUCCGUUAAACAGAAGAUUAAUAUCUAAACGCUCCCUGGUCAAUAAAGCUAACGCUGAAGACCCAGAUCUUGAAGUUUUUGUAGUUCCGGAACCCCCACCGAAAGAACCGACACCGGAACCGGAAGAAGAACGAUUUAUUCCUUUACAAUCGAAUCGAUUAUCGAAAUGGAUGCAUCCAUGGAAAAAACCUGACCAGCUUGAAGUCUGUACCCUCGAAAUAUACGCUACUCCUAAAGAUAUCAGAAAAAGGCACAUUCCAAAACCUAGAGUUCCUAAAAAUGCACUCCCGCCGCCCCCUCCCCAACCGGAAAACGACUCAAGUGACACUGAAAGUGAAAGUGAUGAUAGUGACGGAUCCGAGGGUGAAAAUCAGCAUUCAGCAGGACAAGUUGGAGCCAGUACGUCUUCCAAUGAUUCUGGAUUCGACUCAUCAGCUCCUGGAAGUCCCAGCAAUCGCAGACAUAAUAAGGGUUCCACAGACAACAGAGAUUCUCCCACCGGAAAUGCCGCUAAUAAUCCAGCCUUUGCGCUCGAUGUGGCAGAUUCCAUUCCAGAAGAAUAUUACAAUUCGACCACGUACGAUAGUUAUCAGAAAAGUGGUCGAAUUACGCCUCCUGCGACCACCAUACCAAGAUUUAGAAAAUAUACCAUAGACGAUUUUCAUUUCUUAAGUGUCCUUGGAAAGGGCAGUUUUGGAAAAGUUCUUUUAGCAGAACUGAAAGGGACUGAGUACUACUACGCUGUGAAGUGCUUGAAGAAGGAUGUCGUCUUAGAAGAUGACGAUGUUGAGUGUACAUUGAUUGAAAGGAAAGUUUUAGCUUUAGGAACUAAACAUCCAUACCUGUGUCACUUACUGUGCACCUUCCAGACUGAGUCUCAUCUAUUUUUCGUUAUGGAGUAUCUCAAUGGUGGCGAUCUCAUGUUCCACAUUCAACAGUCUGGAAGAUUUCCUGAACCAAGAGCUCGAUUCUAUGCAGCUGAAAUUAUUUCUGGAUUAAAGUUUUUGCACAGUAAAGGCAUAGUAUACAGAGACCUUAAACUCGACAAUAUCCUUCUCGAUUUCGACGGCCAUGUGAGAAUAGCCGACUUUGGUAUGUGUAAAUUACAAAUUUUCCUCGACAGAAUGGCCGAUACGUUUUGCGGAACUCCAGACUACAUGGCACCAGAAAUUAUAAAAGGACAGCACUACAACCAGAGCGUAGAUUGGUGGUCAUUUGGCGUUUUACUCUAUGAAAUGUUAAUUGGUCAAUCGCCGUUUAGUGGUUGUGAUGAAGAUGAGCUUUUCUGGUCCAUUUGUAACGAGAAGCCGGUGCUGCCAAGAUUCUUGACACAAGAAGCUAAUUCUAUACUAACUCUGUUAUUAGAAAAAGAUGGUAGCAAAAGAUUAGGGAAUAAAGAUUGUCCAGCGGGAGACAUUAGGGAUCAGCCGUUCUUCCGUCAAAUCGCCUGGGACAGAUUAGAAGUUAGGCAACUGGAACCUCCUUUUAAGCCAGCUCUGCAACACCCUCUCGAUACUCAAUACUUCGACAAGACAUUUACCAUAGAAAAGGCCAAGUUGACUCCUAUCGAUAAGAAUAUACUCCAAUCUAUGGAUCAAACACAAUUUCAGGGCUUCAGUUAUACAAAUCCUAACGCUACUGAUAAAUAAAAAUAAAUGUAACGUCAAUGUUAUUAUUAUUAUAAAACAAUUAUUCUUGGUCAAAGUAUUGCGACCAGAAUGGAAAAAAUUCAUGUUUGUAUCGUAAUUUUCCUUCAUCGUCUUGAGAAGGUUCAAGGCAGAGAGAAGGAGAAACGAAAAAAUAUUUAAAUUUAACUUUUGCAAGGGGCGUAGAUGGUGGGAGGGAGAUAGAAUAUCUUCUCUUUAAAAAUAUAAAUAAUAAAUGAUAUGGAAAACAAUUUUCGUAGAAAAUGAAAGGAGGUGGACUGAAGAGAUCCGUUUUUGGUCCAGUUUGAGCUAUAAAUAAUUAUUCUAAAAAUAGAUUGACCACUCUUUAUAAUACCUAUAAUUUUGCUAAACAUAUUUUACCAAAAUUUUUUACCACCUUAGUUUCUCAUCAUGUUAAUCCUUAAUAACUAGAUAUUACUUUAAAUACAAAUAAAGUGAAAAUGGGCCCUGUUCAAAAUCUCACAAAAUGGGAAUAAAUCGUAAAAAAUACUGUUGAGCAUUUUCAACAUUUUACUUGUCAUCAUCACCACAAGAUCGCCCACCAUUUAUUUCUACUCCUACUUGGCAUUUCCAGAAAAUUAGAGCAUCCAUUAUCUCCAACUAUUUACGAAUGGAGGCCUUUCUCUCUAUUGCUCUUUAAUUCUGUUUUUGCUUCUAAUAUGUCUCUAAUUAUCUCUUCUUAUCUCACAAAGUGUCCUACAAUUCUGUCUGUCCUUUUUCUUAUUGGCUGCCCCCUGUUGUCCUACUUUUUCCAUUGUCUCAUUUCUAACCAUUUCUAUUUACGGUAUUUUCAUCAUCCUCCUGUAACACCAUAUCUUCCACUUGCAUUGUCCAUUUACAUAUAAAAAGUAAGGAAUUGCAUAUCUUGAGGACAGGGUGACAUGGCCUAGAAGUAUAGACUUAGCAUAUCGGUUCGAUUCUGGGUUCGCCUGCUUCGUCCAGGUUUUUCUGUGGUUUUCUUGGAUCACACAGACAAAUGCUAGUGCAGUAAUAAUAUUCCUCCUUCACAUUUCGUUCAUCUUAUCUUUCUCAUUCCAACCACCAUUCACUCAUUGCCAAGAUUUCUAAAAACCAACUGAUGAGGUCUUUCCGCAGCUACUCUCCGGAGUAGUCCGGAAUUAAAGACACAAAAAAGUUUAUAGUUUCUUUUUUUUUAUCUUGAGGUAGUAUAAAAAGUGGUCAGUUCAACUUUAGUAUAUGGGGUAGUUGCGUGCUCAAAAUUGGUCAAAAAUGACCCUCAUUCACUCUCGUUUCUUUCUGUUUCAUGUUUAUUUAAUAGCAAUCUCUUUAAAAUAACACUCUUAAAAUUCUUAAAAAACAAAUUGUGUGAAGACUUUAUUUUUGGUAAAUGUCCACCCUCCCUUAAAAAACCUUUUCAUGCCCCGUCCGAAGGGAUCGUCGACAUUAUGACGAUACAUUUUACAAUCUAAAAGAUAUUAAAUAUUUGAAACUAAAUUUUCAAUCUUUGGCAGUAGUAAUAUUUUGUUUUAUUUUUCGAUUAUUGAUAAUAAUAUUAUUAGCUUUUUCUUGUUUUGUAUGAACAUAUAAUUAUUGUAAUAUGAGAUUCAUAGUUAUGUUUGUAAAAAAUUAUUAUCAACUUUGAGUCGGCAAGUUCAAAAACUAGUCAAUGAUUUAGUUGCUGCAUAUUCUGCUAAAUAAUAAUUAUUGUUAUUACAUAUCUUUUAGUGAGUUAUUAUUAUUAAAAAAUUCGGUAUAUUCGACGUGUAAUAACAUCCCAUAAAUUUAAACUCAAAUUAAAAUUGUAAAAAAUUGGGCAUAUUAUAAUUUGAAUAGGACUUAUAUAAAUGUGGUACUUACCUUAAAAAACAUUUUCCCAUUUAAAAGUAAAAGCAAUAUGAUGAAAAUGGGAUAUUAGGUUAUAGAAACGUAUUUGUAUAGUUCUCUGCUAGAUAAAAUAAAGUAGACAAAUAAUACAAAAUAUAUUUGUUAUUGCAUAAAUAUAAUAUUUUGUUAUAUAGGUAAAGUGUGCUAGGGAUGGUUAAAAGAUUUAUGUAAGUAUAUUAAUUGAUUAACCUUAAGUGUAAUUAAUAAUAAUUUUGAUCCUCAGUAAUAAUUAGUUGGAAGAUUGUGAUAAAAUAAUAAAUGGAUUAUAAUGUG